GCGGCGAGAGGCGCAGGGCGACUCCGCCCCUGUCCUGCCGCCGGGUGUCUGGAGCCGCAAGUCCUGCUCGCCGCCGCCAUGGCCAAGCCCCUGACCGACCAGGAGAAGCGGCGGCAGAUCAGCAUACGCGGCAUCGUGGGCGUGGAGAACGUGGCCGAGCUGAAGAAGGGCUUCAACCGGCAUCUGCACUUCACGCUGGUCAAGGACCGCAAUGUGGCCACCCCCCGCGACUACUUCUUCGCGCUGGCGCACUCGGUGCGCGACCACCUGGUGGGACGCUGGAUCCGCACGCAGCAGUACUACUACGAGACGUGCCCCAAGAGGGUUUAUUACCUCUCUUUGGAAUUUUACAUGGGCCGAACAUUACAGAACACCAUGAUCAACCUUGGCCUGCAGAAUGCCUGUGACGAGGCCAUUUACCAGCUUGGAUUGGAUAUGGAGGAGUUAGAAGAAAUUGAAGAAGAUGCUGGGCUUGGCAAUGGUGGUCUUGGGAGGCUUGCUGCCUGCUUCUUGGAUUCCAUGGCAACUCUGGGACUUGCAGCCUAUGGCUAUGGCAUCCGAUAUGAAUAUGGAAUCUUCAAUCAGAAGCUUCGAGAUGGAUGGCAGAUAGAAGAGGCAGAUGACUGGCUCAGGCAUGGAAACCCCUGGGAGAAGGCCCGCCCCGAGUUCAUGCUGCCUGUUCACUUCUACGGGAAAGUAGAGCACACAGAGGCCGGGACCAAGUGGAUCAACACGCAGGUGGUCCUUGCUCUUCCAUAUGACACCCCGGUGCCUGGAUAUCUGAACAACACAGUCAACACCAUGCGCCUCUGGUCCGCUCGCGCACCCAAUGACUUUAACCUCACAGACUUUAACGUUGGAGACUACAUUCAGGCUGUGCUGGACCGGAAUCUGGCCGAGAACAUCUCCCGGGUCCUCUAUCCCAAUGAUAAUGUGAGUGAUCAAGCUUGCUUUCUCAGUGGAAACAGAAGCAGCUUAUUUCAGAAGCACCUAUUCAGUAGCCAUAAAGCACAUACUGCCAGCUACGUGAAUGCUUGGAUACCAUACAAGCAGAUCCAGAGAGACAGAAUCACUAAUUCUAUCACUAAUGCCUUGCUUGCAGUCAUUCCAGCCACAGAUCUGUCGGAGCAGAUUUCUACCGCAGGCACCGAAGCCUCGGGGACAGGCAAUAUGAAGUUCAUGCUGAAUGGGGCCCUGACUAUCGGGACCAUGGAUGGGGCCAACGUGGAAAUGGCCGAGGAAGCCGGGGAAGAGAACCUGUUCAUCUUUGGCAUGAGAGUAGAGGACGUGGCUGCUUUGGACAAGAAAGGGUAUAAGGCAAGAGAAUAUUAUGAGGCACUUCCAGAGCUAAAGCUGGCCAUCGAUCAAAUUGACAAGGGCUUCUUUUCUCCCAAGCAGCCUGACCUCUUCAAAGACUUAGUCAACAUGCUAUUUUAUCAUGACAGGUUUAAAGUUUUUGCAGACUAUGAAGCCUAUGUCAAGUGUCAAGAAAAAGUCAGUCAGCUGUACAUGAAUCCAAAGGCCUGGAACAUCACGGUACUCAGAAACAUAGCCGCCUCAGGGAAAUUCUCCAGUGACCGAACAAUUAAGGAGUAUGCCCGGGACAUCUGGAACAUGGAGCCUUCUGACCUAAAGAUUUCCCUGUCCAGUGAACCCAGCAGUGGGGUGAACAAAGCCAAUGGAAAGUUAGACAAAUAACCAGGAGAGAGGGCAGUGCUUCUUGGUGUCAUAGCCCAUGUGCCUGUGUCAGGGUGAAUGACCCACAGCUCCCCUCUGCUGCCGCCUUCCCCCAAGUGAGCACGGGCUGCCCGGACCACUAGCACUUCUCAACGUAAGCAUUUGAUUGAACUGCUGACAAUCCAUCUCCUUUCACUGCUGCACAGCAAAAACCUAUUUCUAAGAACACUUCUAGAAGCUAAAGGAAAAUAAGUUCCAGAAGGUGGCUUUUUAGAAAAAGGGAUGAUAUAAUCAAGUUCACUAAAGGAAGAUCUGCCUGCAUCCUGUCCACUCUGCCAUGAGGUGCAAGAUGAAGGAGAGAGACUCACAGCCCUGGAGGUACAAGAAAUACUUUUUUCCAAAAGAACCACAGUCUACUCUCUAUUAACCACAUAAAAGGGAAAUAAAGAUGAUUCAAAAGGCAGAGGAUUCUUUAAAAAACCAUUUGAAUUUGUUUUAGAGCCAAGUUUCUUAAACCUUAGUGGGUCUUGGAGCCCUUUGAACAUGUAAUUAAAGCUAUGGACCCGCUGCCC